UUUUCAAACCAAACCCGUGUGCUCGCCGACUCGCCGGAGACGCACGCUAACUCCCUCAGCCGGACAUCUCCAACUCGCUGGAGACCGCACGCUAACUCUCUAAGGUCGCUCGGCGUCUGCUCCUGCUCCGCUGCCUCUCUGCGGACGUCUGCUCCAACUCGUCUGCGGACUCUAGAAGCCGGCUGGCUUCUGCUUCUCCUCUCUUCAAGCUUACUGCUUCAAGCCAAGCAGGUAUGACUACUCAAUCUACUUCCAAAAAGGCAAAAAUCACAUUGCGUUAUUUUUAUAAGCCUAGUACAAGCGCACAAAGUAGACAAGAGUUAAAUGUCUCAAUUGAAACUCCUAAUAUCUCAUCCGCUCAAGUGGGAAGUAGUUUCGGAUGCCAACAAAAACGGCGUUGAAUCUGUCAUAGAUCAGUUUGCUAAGGUUAAAGAGCGUCAUGUUCAGUUAAGUUUUAGUUUCAAACAUUGUAUGUAUUGUUUUAAAAUAUUAUUAUGAACUUUAAUGGAUUUUAAUCAAUAUGUUCACACUAUUAUCGCUUUUAAAAUUUUUUAUACUACGUAAUAUCAGGGGUGGAGACAGGGAGGGGCUAAAAGAAGCCUCAGCCCCUGCAAGAAAAAAUUCUUAAUGUACAUAGUAUUGUAUAUAAAUAUUUUUAAUCUAUAGAAAAUUUGUUGAAAUUUUAAACUCUGGCCCCUUCAAUGUAAAAUUUUUAAAACCCGCCCCCCCUUAAUCAUAGAUUUCUUGCUCCUUCAUUGCCUACAAAAAAUGGUUUUAGUGUAUAGUCGGCCCACGGUAAAUAUCCGUCCUGGCUACGCCCCUGUACUCCCCAAAAAUAUAUCAUAAGCAUAUACAGUAGUUCUUAUAUUGAGAGUAAGAAUAUUGUGAUAAUCCAUCAGAAACUCCAUCUUACUUGAUCAAAAACUCAUAAAGUAUGGCGUGCAGUGUGCUGGUAUAUACCUGGGCUAUUUUCCCUGUAAUAAAAUCUGUUUUCUGCAAAGGAAAGAAAGCUGGAUUAGGCUUUUUUUCCCUCUCACGUUUCAUAAUGGCAGUUCAGCAUAUUUGACUACCUUUUAUUCAUAUGCCUUAGCAUGUUCUUGUCGUGAAUUAUACUUGACUUCAUUAUGUUAGCUUGUUAGUCUACUUUUUUCCUGUAAAAAAGCUGAUAAUUUUUUUAGCAUUAUUGGGACAAGUGGCGAUAUAUAGUUAAGGAAAUUAGUACUAUUAAGAGGAUGAUAAUUUGUCAGUAUGACAGUACGCUCUUAUGCAAGCAUAUAACUCAGAAUCGUUAUUAUCUUUAUUGUCCAAAGAUGCUAAGGGGGCUGUUUACUAUUUUUUUCAUUAAGUCCUGUCUGGAUAAAGACGUUUGACUGGAUAAAGACGUCUGUCCAGAUUAAAUGACACUAAGAUAACGAUCUGUAUACUUUGAGUGCUGAAUGUGUGGUCUGAAUUGUUUCAAAUUACUAAUUUACCCAUCUUCGGGGCUGUUUAAACAUCAACAUUCGGCAAAUCGGCCGAUUUUUACGAUUUUUGAAAUGAUAAGUGCUUAUUAUUUACUUAAAAAUGAAGAGUGUUGGUUUACCAAUCAAGAAAUUACCAAAAAAAUGAAGAAAAUCUGUACCAGAAAUGCAAAAAAUACAUUUGACGAAGCAACCAAAUGAGAUACUCGUAUAGCAAUUGCUCCUCCUUUAUCAUUCAAGACAAGUUUAAGAAGCACCCAAAAUAUCAUGCAACUAUUGAAGAAACUCGGUCAGGGGGUAAGGAUAUACUACGUAAUAUUUGCUUCUGCUUUCAUAAAAAUUUGGGUUUACACUUUACAGCAACAAAAAUCAGAAUAAGAAUGAAGAUGAGUGGCCAUGGAAGCUUUCUUCGCUGGUGUUUUUGCUGAUUUCUUGACAGGAGAAUAAGAAUAGGAUGUAAAUUGCACAUGGAACCCCCUACGUGGCAGAACGAGGAUAAAAUAGAGAUCGUCAAUCAAUUUAUGCGUCUGAACGGUAAGGAGUACUAAAACAGGGCUGAGCGAAUAAGUCAAUAAACGACUGAGCGAAUAAGUCAUAAUUUUAAUAAAGUCGGAAGUAAACAUCAAUAUAUACCUCAAUCAUUAAGUCGCAAUUCCUAUCAAGUCCAUUAAGUCACAAGUAAACAGCCCCUAAGUCUGUGUUGCGUAAUAGCUUUUGUGUCAUGUAUAAUGGAAGGUUUUCACAAUAUUGCAAUUGAAAAAAACAUUUGAUGAUGUUUUCACUCUCCAUCAGCUUUCCCUGAGCAUUUAAUAUUUGCGUAUUGAUUUUUAUGUUUUUCUUGUCAUAUAGAAGACUAUUCAUUUUGUGGUAUAGCAUGGAUGCCACGAUGUCUCACUUCCAAGAAAAGUUGAUCGAGCUAGAAAUUGAAGGAGAGAAUAUUUUAUUAGCACGACAAGAGUUAGUUGAAAAUGACAGGGAAAGAAACAGAAAUAGGGAAGCAUUGACGGCGUUAAGGAAGAGAGCCAAGACUUCAAAAAGCAGCAUAGGUCUACCUUUCGAGUCGAUUAUGCGGGGUAUUGAGUCAAGACCAUUGGUGAAAGAGAUUUGUUCAACUUGUGGCAAUCAUGAUGUGAAGGAAACCAACUGGCUUAUGUUUCCAGGAACUGAUGUGUUUGCUAGUAUUCCAUUUCAUGCUGUCCAUACGAUUCUGGAGCAAGAUCAAAAUAAACUAGAUUAUGAAGCUAAGAAACUCCAAAGCUAUGUGAAGGAGAAGUCCUUUAGUCUAUCAGAAAAAAGGAGUUCUUGCUGACAAGAUCAGCCCUGGCGUUCUUAGAUCUUUGGUGGCCUUGUCUGAUGAUCCAAAAAAAGCUGCCCCAACUGAAUGACUCCUUCAUUCGGACAUCUCCAGUUUGCUAACAACUGCUCAUUUCACUCUCGGCCACACCUUCCCUGUUUUUUGGCGGUUAUGACUAUUAAAUUCUUCAAAUUAGUACUCUGGAAACUCGUAUAACAUCUGCAUCAUGGCUCGAUAGUAUUGUAAUAUAUGGUUGCACAGUUUGUAUCUACGCAAUUUGAGGCAUAAGUGUUAAUUAUCAUCAUUGUCA